UUGUACUGGAUGAUACUUGCAUGUAUUGUAUUACAAACAGAAACAAAAACAAAGUGCAUCGCAUUAAUGAUAUACACACAUGGAUAAUGCACUCUAUUGCUGAAGCCCAAAUAUGUAUAACUUCUUAGAUCGGUGCCCUGGGUUAUAUUGUGGACGAACAUUGCUGGAGAAUGGUACGUGGAGCAGCUGUGGCGUUUGCGCGAGAGGGACUCGGGUGAACGCUAGCUUUGCCUGCUCGCCAUGUAGGGAUGAAUUGAGCUCGUACUCCUGGUUGUAUUUGGCUUUUAUGACAGUGCUGCCGCUUAUGAUGCACUGUUUUUUCAUUGACAUGGAUGCGAAGGAUCGAAAGUUUUCCCGCAAGCAGCUAAUACUCACAGCCAGCGCCUUCAUUGAGGUGGCUUUAGCUGCAAUACUUUCAGUUUUUUUCAUGGAGCCUUUGUGGGAGCUGCGCCUCUACGCCUGUGAGGCACGCAAACUAACUGACUGGUACACGUUGUUCUACAAUCCUAAUCCCAACUAUGAGUCCACGUAUCACUGCACACAGGAAGCCGUCUAUCCACUGCAAACCAUUGUCCUCGUGUAUUAUUUUUUGUGCUUGGUCAACAUGUUUCUUAUACGUCCCGCGAUAUGCUCUGCGCUGGAUGUGCGCGGCAAGGCACCAAUUUACUCGGCGCUCUACUUUCUACCCCUGCUAACUUUAGUACACGGCACAUGUUGUGGCUUGAUCUAUUACUCGUUUCCAUACCUAAGCAUUGCCAUGUCCAUGGUGGCCAAUGCAAUACACUACUCUUUGAAGCUUGACCAAACACAAAAGUCACUUUUGCUGUCGUCUGUUUGGGAAGUGAAAAACGUAGUUAUUAUAUCUGUCCACUGGUUGCUUUUAGCGUUUGGCAUAUGCUCUUUAAAUUAUCAUUAUUCGUUGCUGUGUCUAGUUCCGUUUCCAUCUUUAUUCUACAUUUUGACUGUGCGCUUCACAGAUCCCAACGAGUUUCGAGAUAUAGCAUCACGCAUUUGAUGCAACAAUGUACGAAUGCGUAUUUUUCAAGCGAGAGGCGCUACUAGGCGUACAACAAUUGUUAUUUAUGUAUAGUGUGUACGAAUUUAAAUUAUUUGAAUUUAGUCUAUAAAUAUGUU